AACUUUCCUCUCCAUUUACAUCUACGCGCUCUCACGACUCAACGUUUGACUCUCAUCCACCCUCAUCAACCAUCCCAACCUCAUCUUCGAUUUUCGAAUCCACAUUUACAUUCAUCAAAAAUGCCUCCCAAAGCCGCUGAGAAGAAGCCCAGCACUGGUGGCAAGGCCCCAGCUGGUAAGGCUCCUGCUGAGAAGAAGGAAGCUGGCAAGAAGACUGCCACCGCUGCCUCUGGCGAGAAGAAGAAGCGUGGCAAGACCCGAAAGGAGACCUACUCUUCUUACAUCUACAAGGUCCUCAAGCAGGUCCACCCUGACACUGGUAUCUCUACUCGCGCCAUGUCCAUUCUCAACUCUUUCGUCAAUGACAUCUUCGAGCGCGUUGCUACUGAGGCUUCCAAGCUUGCUUCCUACAACAAGAAAUCCACCAUCUCUUCCCGAGAGAUCCAGACUUCGGUUCGCCUGAUCCUCCCCGGUGAAUUGGCCAAGCACGCCGUUUCGGAAGGAACCAAGGCUGUCACCAAGUACUCUUCAUCCGCCAAAUAAGCGUCUCGCUUUCUCUUUGCUUUUCUGUUUAUGUCAAUUACAUUUUUUUUUUUUUCAUUGUUUGAUUUUGCUGCUUCGCGCUCUGGCAACUUGGAGGCGGCGGGUUAACUGGGUGUUCGCGGGUUUCUCUAAUGUGUCAUGGGACGGUCUGUUUUUAUUUCUACUUUUUUUUUCAUCCUGAAUACCUUCGGCCGAAAUGAUUUUACGGUUUGUGAUUCCAAGUGGUGAAGGUGUAACAUAACGCUGGAAUUGGGGAUAUUGUUCAGAACAAUUCCAACCUCUAACUAGAUCUUGAAAUCAAGCUUUAGUGCAUUCAAUACUGCUGUGCAUUCGUACUUUAUUAUCAGUUUGUAACGCAACGUCUACACUAACUCGCUAUCCUCGUCAUCGUCGAGAACUUCAACCUCAUCCAGCGCCGCUUCUCUCUCCAUCGUUGGUGUCGGCACAUUUUUAGUGUCGACAAUGUGAAUAAUCGCCUUUCCAUUCUCCGGACGCGAUGAAGUUAUACGCCGUUUCCAGUCCAUCCAGUCAUUUUCGUCUCUGAUCAAAAAUCCAACCAACAUACUCGGGUCCAUAUCGUCGAUAUGAAUGCGUCGAAGGCGACGUGUAUGGCAACUAUCAAUUUCUUCUUGGGUAUAUGCGAGAUCGCCGGUUUUGUACGGAAGCGCGGGACGAGUAUGGUGUGGAUCGAGAUAGAAGAAG